AUGGAAAAAAGUUUUCCGAAAUACCAAGAGACUAAUCCGAAUGCUCUAAAGUAUGCGGCAGCCACAAUGCUAAACGAUACCAGAAGAGCUACACAAUAUGACAAUAGCGGAUGGGAAGCUAGAGAUGUCUAUAAAAACAAUCAGGGAAAUUUUGAAUCGACCGAUUUAUCAACCAGACGGUCCACAUAUGUUCCUAAACAGGCUCCAAUAUCAGCUGUAAUGGAUACCUUAGAUCAAUUUCAGAAUAAAUAUCAUAAAACAAUGGGUGCAGAUAAUAUUGAUGGCCAAAUUGAUGAUAUGAAGAAUCACUUAAUGACUCAAACUGGAGCAAAGUCCUUAUCCUCUUCUCAAUCGAUGCCAAUAAUAAACGGUACUGCAAGUGGAUGGCCAAUCAAUCCAUUCUCUGCUCCAUAUUCUAUGCAAGUUCAGUACCCAGUUGCCCAGCUAGAUAUGGAUUGGUAUAUCAGACAGUGUAAAUAACUGGGAUGGCUUAUUCAAAUCAUCUUUCAAAAAUAUUAAAUAUGCGAGAGAAAAAGUUUAUAAUUGGAUGGCUAACUUCCAGACCUUAACCCAUAUUGACACAUAUGAUGGUCCAAUGCACUGGCUUCCUUGGGAAGACCAAGAGAUUUAUGAAAUUUUAAAGCAUAUGAUCAUCAGCGAAGAAGAAAUGAUUAACAUACUUAAAUAAAUUACCAGAAAAUUCACUUAUGCAUCGAGUGAGACAUAAAUAAGUUCAAAGAAGUCUCUAGGCUGCGGAUUGAGCUAGAAAGAUUGCUAGUAGAUCUUGCUGCUGAAUAUAGAAGGCCUCUAUUUCCUCCGGUAACUGUGGUAGAAGCUCCUCCGAGGCCAAAAAUUAAACCUGAUACACCACCUGAUGAGAUUCCUAAGAGGUACACUGACAAUUUUGUUAUUUAUUGGGAUUUCAUUCUGAACCUUCUCGACAAAUUCUCUGCUGCUCAGAUUAUUUAUGGAUUGUACAAUAAAGGAGAAACUGUCCUCCAACCAAGAGUUGUCAGUAUUGCUGAUAAUAUGAAUGCUAAUUUCCUUGCAAAACAAAUGGGCUAUUGCAUGUAUGACAUCUAUCAUCAUGUUAAAGAGGUAGAGCCUGAUCCAGACACUUUGCUGAUCUUUGAAGUCCAUGUAAAGCCAAAACCAACAGGAUUAAAUAAGAAGGAUAAAGAGGCUAGAGCAGCUAUUCAUAAUGGUUAUCCACUCAAAAGAUUUGAUACGGGAGACCCAACUUCGAAGAAGAAAGAUGAUUUACUUGAUGAUAUCCGAUGGAAAAGUUAUGGUUGGAGCUUUCUUAGAGUUUUCAACUUGGAAGAUGAGCUCAGAUCAGGACUCUGGAAAGUUCCUAUUUAUAAAGCCCCAGCAAAUGUUAAUGUAGACAUCAGUAAUUUUGCAAACCAGUUGGUGAGGAUUCCAAAUACAAUGCUAUGGAUGAGACUUGAUUACCCAGAUGAGCCCCAAACUGUUAAAUGACAUCCAUCAUAUGCUCAUGUUUAUACUAUUCCUCCAAUUCACAACGUAAUCGUGAGAGAAGAGUCAGAUACACCUGAGAGACCGGGAUAUGACCCUUCAUACAAAAACAGAGGAUUCCAGAUUUAUGUGCAUUUUGGAACUGGGUAUUUCCCUACCAGAAAAGUCAGAGUUGCAGUCUGUCUCCAAUAUAGAAAAGAUAUCACUUUUGAUGAAGACAAUAUGCUUUGAUUCUAUGCUACAUCUGGUAAAAAUCCAAACACCUUCAUCAUGGAAGGUGCAGAAGACAAUACCUCCAAAGGAGAUGUAAUUCUUUGGAAUGAGAACACCACAUUUGUUAGAGACUUCUAUGCUUAUCUGUGGGAUAUCUGGGAUAGAGACCUUAAGAAAAACCUAUACUGCGUUGUUCAAUACCUAGAAUUGAAGGAAGACAUGAUUCCAUCCAAAACUUCUAAUAUCACCAGAGAAUUAGUAGAAAAUGAAUACGAUCUCGUCGCAUACGGAGUCAUUAGACUAAAUGAUGAGUUUGGAAAAUUCAUAUUCGGUACUUUCACCGUUCCUUUAUUCGAAGGACCCAUUUUCGUUGAAGAAUUGCUAGAGAAUAAAAAGACCGACUUUACUUUAAAGAUCACUGUUCAGCAACCAGGAGAGAUUGUUCAUCCAAUGGCUCAACCUAAGCCAACAAAAGAAAUUCCACCUGAACUUAAGGCCCAAAUGGAUGCUAAACAAGCUAAAAUUUUGAAGAGGCAGAAAAAGAGAGAUAAUAUGAAGAAGGCAGAGGAAGAUUUCAAAGCAAAGAAAGAAGAGGCUAAAGAGGAAAGACGAAACCAGGUUAAUCAAGUAAAACUCCAAAGGACGGAAAGGAUACUCCAGGAAAUAGUUCUGCUAAGACACCUAAAACUCCAAAAUCUAAGAAGAAUAAGAAGAAGACAAAGCUUCUCUAAUUUCUGAAGCUUCAAUUUAUUAAUAUAUUCUCAAUUUCACACAUAG